AUGGGUCUCGUUACAUCCAACGAAGACCCCUCAGUGAGGGCAACCCACCCGUCGGCAAAGAAGCGCGUUCGUCUUCGCUCACUAUUGAGCUGUUUUUCCCCUGUUGACUCAAACAUGGCGAAGUCAAAGAGGUUUGUCAUAGGCAAGCCCAUCGGCGUCGGGUCCUUCGGCAAAGUUAACGACUGCGUAGACACUUCCUCAGGUCGACACUAUGCGGUAAAGAUAUUACAUCAACGCAGAGGCACUCGGAAAGAGGCUGUUAGCCGGUUGCGGUUCAUGAGCGAGGUAGCCAUUCUCUCCGCAGCGGACCACCGAAAUAUAGUCAAGUUGCAUGACUAUUAUGAGGACAACCAAAACUUUUACUGCGUACUUGAGAAAUGCGAGGGAAAUGGACUGGGCAAGCAUAUUUACGAAAGGAAGUUUCUUGAUGAGGCUUCAGCCGCUUCUCUUUGCAGGCAAAUGCUCGAUGCGCUGGCUUACCUACAUUCCCGGAACAUAAUGCACAGAGAUAUUAAGGCAGAAAACUUCAUGUUUGAGACCAAAGACAAAAGUGCGCGCCUCAUUCUUCUUGACUUCGGCAUAUCGGCCAUAGUUAAUCCCUCUGCGCCUUUACGAAAGAUAUGUGGCUCCCCCCACUACUUGUCACCCGAAAUGCUCCGGCGUUCCUAUUCCUUCCCUGCGGACAUGUGGUCGCUGGGAGUGCUUGUGUUCGUCAUGCUGUACGGGCGGUACCCCUUUCAAGGGCCCUCUUCUCUCCAUGUGUGCAAAAGCAUUCUCCACAACGAAGUCAACUACUUUGCUGGUCCGAGCAUGCCCUCGAGUUUGGGAAUCGAGUUUGUAUCGGCGUUACUGGAGGUCGACCAGGAGAAACGCCUCACAGCGCAAGAGGCACUCCAGCAUAGAUGGAUAACACAAAGGGACGAGGAAGGAUCUGAGGACUGUACCAAGACAACCAUGUCGGGUCUUGUAAGGGCGUCUUCCGACGACGGGGAAGAAGGGACGGAGUCUGUAAGGCAUGCUUACCGACAGUGCUCCUUCCCUUGCCGCAUCCGAGAGACACAAACGAAGGCAGACAUAGAUGCAGACAGCACGAAAGCAAACAAGUUGGUGCUGCAUGAGGGCCAGGUACCAACUCAGACACUGUGCACUGCUUCUGCGUUGUGCUUCUGUGGUCAUCAUUGCCUACCUACAGAAGCAGCAGGAAAGCUGCACCAAGCUCGAUGA